UUUUUCUUAUUAGCAAACAAUGACGACGAUGGAUUUGAUUUGAUUAGGCCAUCUUUGAUCCAGCAAUUAAGAACCAUCCUAGAUCAGUACCCAGAUGAUGGACAGAUAUUGAAGGUAUGAAGAAAAGAGGGCUACCACAACCAGUUCUCUGAAAAGUAGACGGGGGUGGGGUGGGUUAAUGUUACUUUUAGACAUCCAUCCUCUCAAUUAGUGUUGUGUGAGGGUUAAGCGAGCGGGGAGUGCCAGACCUCAAGUCAAAUAUCACAAUUGGCUAAAGAAGAUAGCUCUUUAUAUUAACACCUCGAUUGUAUAAUUUUGCAUGUUGUGCUUAUAUGGAACAAUGAUUCAUGCAAGGGUUAAAAGGUCUUUUCACUUAGGUGCCCUUGCUGUAAAUAUUUUUCUGGUGUAUUUUACAUCUUGAAAUGUAUUUUGUUGUAUCAGGAGCUCAUCCAAAACGCAGAGGAUGCACAUGCAAGUCAUGUAAAAUUCCUUCACGACAAACGCAGCCAUGGCACAGCCAAACUUCAUCGCCAAAGUCUUGCUCAAUUUCAGGUAAAUUUUGUUUUUGAUGUGCAAGCUUUAAACCUAUUUUACUUCUUCUUACUGUUACGGUCAAAAAUAACUUGAAAGUACUCAUUUCAGCACCAAGCCACGAUUUAUUUUCUGUUAAAAGCCCCAUAUAGAUUAGACUCAACCGAAUUGGCGUGGAUAAUACAAACUUCUUCUUCAUUGUGAAAAUCACACCCACUCAUUAAUUGUUCGUUUUACAAGGUGAAUGUGAUCGUCUUUAUGUAACAGGGCCCAGCACUUUAUGCAUACAAUGACGCUCAGUUUACAAAAGAUGACUGGAAGGGCAUACGGAUGUUGUGUGAUAGUAUUAAAGUCAAAGACCCAAUGAAAGUUGGCCGUUUCGGUCUUGGCUUUAAGUCUGUUUUUCAUAUGACAGGUGAGUCUCUUGAAUUGCUAUGUUCUCAGACCCUAAUGUGAAUGUUUCCAAGACGUUUUUUCAUUAUAUUAACCGUCUGGAAAAAAAAAUUACCGCAGCUUUUUCUGUUUAGGUGAUUGACGACUUUGUGAGUUUUGCAAGAACAAACUUUUCCUGUUAGAGAUGACUGAUUUAAUUUCUUCUGGGAACUUAUUUCGGAAACCUUUUUGUCACAGCAGAAUUACAAAACAAGGAGUAAUUCAUGAAAUGGUGCAAUUUUUUUCAGAGUGUUCAGCUAUGAAUAUUCAUAGAUAUUCACAGAUGAAUACUCUGAACGAAUCCUUUAAACGAGUUUUAAUUUAGAGUAUUUUCAUAUCAUUUAGUAUUUGUUGACAUAUUUUAUGUUUAUUUCAUGUGAGACUCUGGCUUGGGAGUCGGCGAUCACUCCUUAAGUUUGAACAGAAGUUAACCAAAGUUACCAGUUCAUAACUUUCAUUUGGAAUACUAAGAAUACUUAUAGACAACAAAUUCACCAGAGAAGUUUGCCAUUUGACGGAAGGUGGUAAAUUUUGGCGGCGCUUUAAGUUUUGGGAUUUUUCAGGCGAGUGCUUUUUCUUUUUCGCUGAUCAAUGGCAAAUCGAAGUGUUAGCCGAAGAGGAAACCUGUCAUACUUGAAUGUAACAUCAUGCAUAUGCUAUCCUUGCAUGUACAUUUAUAGCCUUUAUGGCUUCCUUUUUAUCUCUGCUAUGGUUGCCUGGUAUUGUGAAAAGCAACAAUUUUUCUCCGAUAUCGUAAAGAUGUGUUCAGACAUUUUAUUGUUGAAAUGCGACAAAAUUAUUUGUGGUGGUUUUCAGAUCUACCAAGUAUCGUAAGUGGUUCGCAGAUCGGAGUGAUUGAUCCGCACGAAAAGUACUUCAGCGACGAGAGUGGCAAACGAACCGGGCACAGGUGGCGAUUGAAAGAAGACCGAGACAUCAUAAACAGUAUCCCUGACCAGUUUCAGCCAUACAAAGAGAUACUCGAUUGUACAGAGGACACCUUCAAACAGGGAUCCUAUAAUGGGACAUUGUUUCGUUUCCCUUUAAGGAGAGAACCAUCUAAGCUAUCGCAAACGUUAUACACAACCCAAAAGGUGCACACGUUAUUUGAAAGUUUUGAGGCAGAUGCUCAUUUGAUCCUUCUCUUUCUUCAGUAUCUGGAAUCCGUAGAGCUCUUUGUUCGAGAAGAAACGGACAGUGACGCCAGAAAAACCUUUCAAGUCCGAAUCACCGAUAAUACCCUCAAGUUAGUGCGAGAAAAGAGGAAUGAGUUUCGAAGCAAGAUCUCAUCAGGUGAACUAUUGCCAGCAGCUGUUAGGGUAACUUAUCCUAUCACAAUUGAGGCAAUUACUUACUCCAAAGGCACGCCAAGUGCGUCAGAGCGACAUUCGUUUCUAGUUACUAACUACUUUUGUGGAGGAGAAAUCUCGUCACAAUUUAGAACCUUGGCUUCAGAUCAAGAUCUCAGCUAUCUGCCUCUGGUAGGUGUCGCCAUGGAGUUGCCAGAACGCCCUGGAAAAGAAACGCCAGACAUGAAAGGCCACGUGUUUUGUUUUUUACCACUACCAGUACAGAAGACAAGUUUGACAGGAUUGCCAGUGCACAUCAACGGCUUCUUUGCUUUGAGUCAGAACAGGCGUUACAUUAAGACGCCUACAGCUGAACAAGAAGAUCUGGCUGAAAAGGAAGGCCAGCCCCUGACUGACAAGUCAUUGCUAUGGAACCAGUGUCUUCUGCAAGAGGCCAUCCCUAAAGCUUAUGCUUCCCUGCUGCUGGAUGCCAGGGACGAGCAGAACUACAACGUGCAAAGCGAAGCCGUGUACAAGUAAGAAUAAAUUGCUGACUUGUGUGCCUCUUUAAUAUAAUCAUCUCUUUUUGCUAAGACUGUAUGUUGCAAAGAGCUCAAAAAUAUGAGUUGACGAAAACAGGUAAAAUAUAUUGAGACAUGCAGUCGGUCUCUUAUACGACUCUAUUGUUGAUGAAAGAUCUGCUAACCUCAUGCUUCAACAGUUUAUAGAGAGUUUAGAGUUUUCCAUAAUGUGUUUCUCCUUUGAAUAUAGAGCAUGGCCUAAUACAGCUUAUGUCGACCAGAAGUGGAAAAGAGUGGAGAAGCCUCUAUUUGAGUUGCUUCUUGACAAAAGCAUCAUCUACACUCCGGCUCAAGGAGGAAAAUGGCUAAAAUUGACAGACGUUAUCGUUGAAAGACUUGCAGAAAGCGAUCCUAAGGAACUGCUGGUAAACGUUUUUCUCGCAGCGAAUGAAAACGUCGCCUGUUUACCCGAACACGCCCUAAAAGCCAUUUGCUUGCACUCAACGUUGAGUGCAGAAAUAACACCUUCGUUGACGCGAAGAGUCCUUAAGAAUGUCCCCUCUAGCUACUCAAACUUAACUCGGUUAGAAAAACUUUUCCUGCUGAAAUUUGUCCUCAAAGACGGUUACUUUUCUGACCUACUUGGACUGGAGCUGUUACCGAUUUCUAAUGAGCAGUUCAUGUCGUUUUCCAGUACGGGAGAGGUUGUUUACAUUUCUUCACUGGCACAUCCCCGUGAACUCUUACCGUGUCCACAAUAUAAAUUCCUUGAUGAGAGCAUCGACGAAGAAUUGUCACGAAUGCUAGAUGAAGUCGCAAAAGAAGGUAUGCUAUUUGGAAGUAGUUGUUACAAAAACGAAAAGAGCCAUGCGAAGAAUUAAGCUGGUACUCUACACCUGAAAAAAACUAUAAUCAAUUCCUUUAAUUAUAAUAGGUAUAGAACCUUGAAUUGCACAGUGCCAGAUUUUAAAGAUCAUCGUAAAUUAUCCCACGGAAGAAAUCCAGACAAUUGAGAUCUCUAAGUAGCAUUUUUUACUAUCAUGUAUGCAAUUCACAAUUAUUUUACUAAUUUUUCUCCUAACUUUAAUGAUUUUAUAUGGUAACCUGCUCCAUUUAUACGAGGCAGUAUGACUGAAGUUUUACACUUAUAAGAGCGAACUAAGAUUUGCUGAAGAGCCACGUUACUUUUCGAACAGGAUGCACUCAGUUACGGCAUUUCACCAAAGAUGACGUUGCUCAACUUCUCCCGACGUCACUACCACCUGGAUGGUUAGAGGGUCAAAACAUUUUGUGGUGUCCUGGAGUCGGAGACCAUCCGUCUAAUGACUGGCUAGGAAACUUGUGGGCAUACCUGGGAAAGAACUUCCCUUCCGUAGACGAGCUUUGCGGAUUUCAAGGCCUGCCACUACUUCCAUUAGAUAUGUCGGAAGUUCCGAUUGCCCUCGUGAGACUUAAACAGCUAUCUCAUGUUGUCGUUAGAAGCCUUCAUGGCGAUUCUUUAGACGACGCUAUCGUCGGAGCUCUGAGAGAGCUUGGUGUUUCAAUAAUGCAAGGGUAUCCAGGGUUCCUAGGCCUGCACCCUGCCGUUUCGGAAAAGUUUGUUCAUCCGCCAUCAGUUCAAGGCGUCUUAAAAGCUGUAGCAGCUUUUCUCUUCUUCAAGCCCACUGCCGUCCAAACCAUGACAGACGAUGGUAAACGAUGUUUUAGGAAGUUUGUUGCCAAAGCCUCUUCGCUUAGUCCAGAUGACAAGAAAAUCUUAAACUGCAUACCGUUGUUUGAGACUUUGUCCGGAGCCUUUGUUUCAAAAAAUGAUGCCCUUUGUGCUGCACCUGACGAAGUGUUUCCAGUGAAAACCCUCAGAGAUCUCAUCGACAUUCGAGAGAACGAUGCAAAGAGAUUGGCAGGUUUGUUGGACAUCAAGGUCUUGACACGUUCUGAGGUUUUGCUUGAGGUGAUAUUUCCGGAUGUAAUAGGUCAGCGUUACUCUACUGAAGAAAUUGACAGACUCAUGGGAUUCGUGAUAGAUAGAUAUCAAGUUUACACCGCAGAGGAUGGGAGAUUUCAGAAUCAGUUAGAAGACCUGCCCUUCGUCUCAACUAAAAAUGACAGAGUUAGACCUAGGGAGGUAUUUGAUCCCAGAGACGACUUCCUAAGAAGAAUUUUCGUGGAAGAAGAUGUGUUCCCUGUUGGAAAGUACACUCAACCUACAGCUCUAGUAGUUUUAGAAUACCUUGGCAUGAAAGGCAAGGGAGAAAUCACCGGGCAAAAAGUGUACGAAAGUGCAAAGGCAGUGAAUAACAUAACUGACCUUUCUGCAGCGGAAACGAAGUCAUCAGCGAUCUUGUCAUUCUUAACUAGCAAUCCAACAAAUCUUCAAGAGAUCGUCUCUGGAACGUCAGGAUUAGGAGAGCUCGGGAUGCAUCUUAAAAGUAUUCAAUGGGUCUCAGUUAUCAGACAAAAACCCGAUGAAUACCCCGAAAGUCUUCCGUUCUGGGGAGAAACGCACACAGAACCUUAUUUCUUAAAGCCUUCUGAUGUCAAGUACAAACAAGCAGCAAACAUUAUCGGAUCAACAAAAGCACUUGUCAAAGCUGAGCCAUGUAGACAGUUCACCCGCUUCUUUUCAUGGAACGCAGACCCGGCUGUUUUGGACGUCGUGCAGCACUUGCAGAAUGUAAUAAGUUGCUACAGUCCACAUGACAAGCCGCGUUAUAUUAUCAUUGCCCAGGAAAUUUACGCCUUUCUCAGUCGUGCAGAUCAUAACGAAGUAGUUGCUGCUUUGGAGAAUGUCAAGAACCUUCCGUGGAUUUGGAACGGAGAUGGAUUUUCUUCCCCUAGAUUCCUGAUAUCUCAGAAGCCUCAGAUCAAUCUGACGCCAUAUAUUUGUUCCCUUCCCUCAGAGAUGGCAAGAUUCUACGAGCUGUUUGCAAAAUUCGGCUUGCAAGAGAAGUGCGAUGACACAUUUUUGUUAGAGGUACUUCACUUAAUAAAAGAGAAGUACGACAAUUACCCUCCGCCUUCUACGGCAGAGGUACGGAAGGAUCUGCAGUUGUCUGUGGACAUUUUGAAUGACAUUAAGCCAAAUGUUGGAGAUCGGUUGCCGCCCGAACUUCAAGAAAAGGUGCUCAUUCCGACACAUGUGGAAGAUGAUGCGUAUGUUAAGCUUGCACCAGUUGAGAGAUGCAUGUACUGCGAACAUGAGUGGCUAGAAAGAAGUAAGCACGAUGGAGAAGAAGAUGACGAGAUGGAUUAUUUUUACCUGCAUCCAAACAUUCCAAACAGCACAGCUGAACUUUUGGGCGUUCGAACGUUGAUGAAUGUAAUGUUGGAGCCAGACGAGCUUGAUUUUGGAGAGGAAUUCGGACAAGAAGAAAAACUUACCCGUAGACUUAGUAGACUUCUGGAGGACUACUCUGAUGGCUUUGCAGUACCUAAAGAGCUUGUUCAAAACGCGGACGAUGCAGGUGCCACUGAGGUGAGAUUUCUAUAUGACGAACGAACGAACCAGGAUGCCAUUAACUGUCUGAUUGACGAAGAAAUGAAACAUUGCCAGGGUCCUGCUCUGUGGGCCUACAACGAUGCCGAAUUUAGAGAUGAGGAUUUUACAAACAUCACAAAAUUAAACGGUGCUAAAAAAGAACAAGAAACGGAGAAAAUUGGAAAGUUUGGACUUGGUUUCAACGCAGUCUACAAUCUGACGGAUGUUCCGAUGUUUUUGAGCAGAAAUUUCUUUGUGAUUUUUGACCCGCAAAAAUUCUAUCUUGGAAAGUCAAUAAGAAAUAAAAGCAAACCUGGAAUAAAGAUAAAUCUCAACAAAAACACAAAGAGACUUCGGAGUCUCAGCAAUCAAUUUAAACCGUUCAAUGGAAUAUUUGAUUGCGAUCUUCACCUGAAUAAAGACGAUUACUCGUAUCCUGGGACUCUAUUCCGUUUUCCAUUACGUACCAAAGAGCAAGCCAUUAAAAGUGAAAUCAAGCGACUUCAUUACGACAACGAACAAAUGAAAGAAUUCUUAAAGCUUUUCGCCUCUGGUGCUAAGACCCUUCUUCUCUUCACGCAAAAUGUGGUCCGGGUUAGCUUUUAUCAUCUGCCUAAAGACUCGACCCUUUUUUGUCCACCUUCGCUUCUGUUUGAAGUUAGCAAGUCAUUGUGUAGAAGAGGGAUCCUUAGGGAAUUGUCAUUUCCAAUUUCACUUUCCCAUGCUGCCAAGAAGCUUUGUAAGGAAGAGCAGUACCUUUUGCAGCAGAGUAAUUUUUUGCAAGCAUCAUCUGUAGUUGCAAAGAAUGCAGUAGAAGCUGAUAGCUCCAUGCCUGCCGUUCUUAGUUCUGCGCUUACAAUUAACAUUAAAAGCACCACCACGGAGAGCGGAAAACCGUUUGUUGAAGCUGAGGCCUACAUGCCAAAUGAGUCUCAGAUCUGGCUGGUUGCAUCUUCUAUGGGCAAAGGACUCACAGUGCAGUUUAGAAAGGAUGACAUGAGUCUACUUCCAUCAGCGGGAGUAGCUGCCAGAUUGACUUUCGAUGAUUAUGGAAAACUCUUACCAGUACCUGUUGUGGAUCAAGUCACUGCAGAUGUACAACAUCCUGUAGGAAAACUCUUCUGCUACCUUCCACUUCCAGUUAAAACUGGGUUACCGGUUCAUGUGAAUGGGGCGUUUGCGGUGGCUUCCAGCAGGCGAGGCUUGAAGGAGAAGACAGCAGACGAUAAAGAUUCCAUUGGAGUGGAGUGGAACAAUUGUCUCAUGCAAGACGCUGUAUGUGAAGCUUAUCUAGACCUUCUGGAGGACGUCAAGACUUUAGCUGCCGACAAGUACCAGUUUUAUUCACUAUGGCCCAGAGCGUGUGAGGUAGAGCAGAACUGCGAACCCCUUGCGCGUUCGUUCUACCAAAGUUUGGCAAGUAAAGACUACUCUCUCUUUUCCAAUGGGAGUCAAUGGGUAAACAUCAAUCAUGUGGUAUUUUUAGAGCCUAACUUUCGGUAUGAUCCUAAAAUCGGAGAGCUGUCUUUUGAAGCUUUGAAGUUUUUCAAGAAAGACGAUACAAUAAUCAUUGACCUUCCAGCUGAGGUCUACCAGUCAUUUGUCAGUUAUGAUCUCGUAACAAGAAUCCAGGAGAAAAACUACGAUAAGAGUAGAUUCUUCCGUGAGUUAUUCUUCCCAAACAUUGCUUCAGUUCCACCACAUCUGCGAGACCACCUAGUAUUGUACGCACUUGAUGACAAAGAUGGAGAGCUUGACGAUCUAAUCAAGACAUACGCUUGUAUUCCAACCUCACCAAAAGGUCGAAAACUCAAGUGUCCUGCCCAACUCAUCAACCCGACUAAGUUAGCUGCCUCUCUGUUUUACCCGGAGGACGAAAUGUUUCCAUUUGGAACAACAGAUACCUUCCUAUACGGUUUACGACUUGCCAAGCUUGAGCAACUCGGAAUGUUGGCAGAUGAUCUCCCGUGGCCACAGCUUACAGAAAGGGCUCAGAGUAUCAGUGUAUUAGGUGGUCAUUGUAGUGAUUCAGCGUUAAAGCGUGCAAAAGAUCUAAUCGAUCAUCUAGAAAGAAAUUUGAUGCAUAGUAAUGAGAAUCGUACUUCCUUCGAAUUUCGGGAGACAUUUUUACACGCCAGAUUUUUGCCGGUGCUUCAGAGGCCUGAAAGUUUCCCACUUCCUUGGAAAGCAGAUGAAUUUCAAUUUAAUAAUGGCAGAGUAUUCAUGUCUCCUACAGAGCUCUUUCCGAAGAGAGUAAAGAAUCUAGUCUGCUGCACUGAGCCAGUACUAGAUUUACACUUGCCAACCAUCAUCCAAGAGUUCCUACAGUUGGACAGGAAACAGGUUACAUUAGACCAUGUUAAAAUGCAACUUAACAGUGCCGCGUCUGUUAGCACACAGGAUCUGGACUCCUUUGAGAUCGAAAGCUUAAAAGAAGUUUGCUGGGCAGCGUACAGGUAUCUCGAAGAAGCUCUUUGUAACAAGUGCAUCACAGAGAAGGAAGUAGGAGAGUUGUUUAGUGGGAAAAAGUUUAUUCUCUGUGAGGGGGAAUUUUUUUUAACGGAGAAAGUGGCUUUCGAGUUGCAUUACGAUUGUUCUCCAUAUCUUCGCCAGCUUCCACAGGAUUUAGUAAAGCGUUUUGCAGGCUUCUUGAAAACUGCUGGUGUGAAGGCUGCCUUCGAUCCCGACGAUUUCAUAGCUUCUUUGAAGCAAAUAAAGCACAUGUUUGGGGAGGAAAAUCUCGAUGAGAAGAGUAUUCAAGUAGCAGUUAACAUGGCUGUUCAACUGGGACAUAUUUUAAAGAUGCGUAGUACACAAGGUGUCAAAGAUGAAGGAGAACAAGAGACAGUCUUUCUUCCUGAUUCCUUGGGUGUGAUGAGACCUGUUGGUGAUCUCUGUAUGGGAGAUUGCGACUGGAUACCACACGAAAGUGGUAUACAUCUUGUAAAUGAAAUGAUUCCUUUUCCAGUGAGCGCCCGACUUGGUGUCAAGACCCGUCGCGAGGAAACUCUAAAUCGUCUCUCCACUGGGAUUCCUUUUGGACAAAGCGAACAACUUGAAAAUCGUCUAAGGCGGAUUCUUACAGCCUAUCCAUGCCAGAAAGAGAUACUGAAAGAACUUCUUCAGAAUGCUGAUGAUGCACAAGCAACAGAGAUAUGCUUUAUCAGCGACCCUCGACAACACUCUGACGAAAGAGUGUUUGGAGACUCCUGGAAAUUGCUCCAAGGCCCUGCGUUGUGUGUGUACAACAACCGACCAUUUACGGAGGCUGAUAUUGUAGGAAUACAAAAUCUCGGCGAAGGCAGCAAAGGAGACGAUCCCAACAAAACUGGCCAGUAUGGUGUUGGUUUCAAUUCUGUGUAUCAUCUAACGGACGUACCGUCGUUCGUCUCUUGUGGUGAGGAGAUAGGGAACGUUUUGUGUGUAUUUGAUCCCCAUUACAAAUACGUACCAGGUGCAACUAAAUGGAAACCAGGAAGGAUGUACAGAGAAGCAGAAAAGGUCAAGAAAGUAUUUCCAGACGUUUUCUCUUGCUACGACCAGAAAGAGUGUCCCGUGCAAAAUUCGACAAUGUUUCGUUUUCCAUUACGAACAGAAGAGAUGGCGAAUAGCUCCAAAAUAUCCAAAACCCCAGUAACACCCGAAGAGCUAGAAGACAUGAUGAAAGCACUAAAAGAAGAGCUUUUCGAGGUUCUGAUCUUUGUGAACAACGUUAGGAAGAUCACCUUGUGUGACAUAGAUCCUGCAACUGGAGAAAGAAUAAACAUCUAUUCCGUCGCAGCAGUAAUGUCGGAGGAGGACAAAACGAAAAGGCAAGAGUUUGCCACCUAUAUGAAGAAUAUUAGAAAAUCAGCUGAACAACCGAGCGAACAUUACCCAUAUGACAUCGAGGUUAAAAAAUGUUCGUAUGUUCUGAAUCUACAAGACAACUGUGGCAAUCAAGAAAAGUGGUUAGUUGUUCAGCAAGUUGGCUUUGAGAAACAGGUGCAACUAAGCAUAAAAGAUGCUUACAGAAGGGGAGAUCUGGGAAUGCUGCCCCGUGGUGGAGUUGCCUGCCUUCUAGAAAAAAGUUCCACGCUUGAUGAGCCUGCAAGUAAAGCGAAAAAAGCUUAUUGUUUCCUUCCACUUCCUCUUGAGACUAAUCUCCCAUUACACAUUAAUGGACACUUUGCCUUGAACCAUGAGUCAAGAAGAAAUUUGUGGAGAGACGAAGCUGGUGGUUAUCGCACCGACUGGAACAAUGCUCUGCUUGGAGAUGUGAUUGCAUCAUGUUACCUGACACUUCUGGAUGAAGUCAGGAGUUUUUUUUACUUUCAAAUCUCUCCCACUUCGGCACAAAGUAAACUUCAUUGUAAUAACGAUGCUUUGUUUACAAAGAUUUGUGAGUACGAAAAGCUUUUCCCAUCGGAUAUUUCAGAAGAAACCUACUGGGCGACCUUAAUACGUUCCGUUUAUCGAGGGAUGGACGAAAAGGGAUUAAAACUCCUCCCAGUGGUGAGAGUUGGCAGAUUAGAGAAGAAUGACGAGGAGACUGAACUCACGUGGCUUCCUCCAACAGGUGAGGGAGAAGAAAAGGCAUUUUUCAAUAAUCUGGGAGCAAGUGAUUGUUUCGUUAGAAAACCGAUACGUCCCCCUUUUGGAAGCGACCUGGAAAAAGAGGAAAAACUAAGAACGGAAAAGAUAAGGAGGUUUGAAGACAUUCUACUACAAACAGGCUUUAACCUUGUGAAAUUAUCGCUUUUUGUGUAUGAUGCACUGAAGAAAUAUGGCGUAGAAUCGCAUUGCAUCUCACCCUCUGCAGUAAUGGCAUUCUACAAGACUUUUAAUGAUGACAAUCCACUCUGCUGUGUUGGACUCAUGUCUUUUCAUAUCAAAGAUACGCCAUUUAAGGGGAUCGAAGACGUCUUGCUUGUUUUGAGCUACUGCAAGGAUGACGAAAACUUCUUGGAAAACCUGUCAGGACUGCCUUUACUCGUAACACAAAAGAAGCACCUACACACUUUCAGUCCGGAUAAUCCUAAGUAUCUAUCGCGUCAUCAUGGUAUCUUACCACAGUGCAGUGAUAUGUUUGUCCACCAUGAUGUAAGACUUCGCAUCUUCAACGCUGCGAAGAGUCAGGAGUCACCUGUGUUUAAACGUUUUGGAGUAGAAGAUUUUGCCACAUUUUUGGAUCGGACCCUACCACGUGAGUAUUCUACCAGCGAUCGCUUCGUUGCAUGGUGCCCGACGCAAAUAUCAGUGCCUAAUAAGCAAUGGGUGGAAGCAGUUUGGAAGUUUCUGGGUGAAGAAACAGAAAGUCUUUUUAAGGAAGAAAGGAAAACUCUAUCACAAGGGGAAGAGAUUGAAAGAAUUAAGACAAUUCUUGAACCACUCUCAAAUUGGAGUAUUCUUCCAUGUACUGAAACAAUCAAGAUGGCACCAUCGGGUAAAACAGAACACUUCCUUGUUCCCCUUAAUCUUGCAAAGGCUGUACUUGAUUUUUCAGGCUCCGAUAUCGAUGCCGAUAUUUGCAAACUUGUUGAGUCUUUGAGGAAGCUGAGCCUAGCCGAGGUGAACUACAGUUUCUUGCCUACCGAGUCAAUGUACCUUGCACGAAAGUUGGUAGCAUCACUUAAGACACCAGAAUCCGUUCUAAAGUCACUGGAGCUUAAGAUGUCAACGAACCCCAAAGCUAUUGAGGGCAAAUUGACGGGAAUAGAAUGUCGUAACAUUUUGGAUUAUUUCAGUCGUAAUGUGGAAAGGCUGCAGGAACGCGACAAGCGUACACUGAUGAAACUGCCAUUCUAUCAAACAACUCACGGGGGAUUCACAAGUACUUGGUGUGAAACGAUUUGCGUCCUACCAUUUGGUAUCCCACGCGAAGAAAUGGAGCAGCUGGGGAGUAGAUUAAGCGUGGUUUUUUUAGAAGAGUGGAAACGCCUGCUUCCAUUGUACAAAUUUCUUGAGUUCAAAUGUGUCUCUGCAGUUGACUUCUACUGUAAAGUCAUAUUGCAGAACAUGGAAAUUUUUAGCAGCACGGCAAGAUUUACUCAUCUUAAGCACAUUCGUGAGGUCAUUUUGCCAAGACUAUCACAAGAAGGCAAGAGCGACGAGCAGAAGUUGCUCGGCUGUUUGAGUGAAACAGCUUUUGUUCCCUUUACUGAUGGAAGUUUGAAGCGGGCGUCCUUUUACUAUAAACCUGGACAUGAAGUUUUCAGUGUACUACUUCCUAAAGACAUGUUUCCCCCAGAGCCAUUGAACACGCCCGAAUGGCUGCAGUUUUUGAUGAAAAUUGGGUUGACCUGUGAGGUUUCUGCUGAUCUAUUUCUGGAGUUUGCCAUUGAAAUUGAACGCGAAGGUGAGACGCAGAAAAAUGAUGUAACUUACAAAAAGUCCAAGGUACUAGUGAAACACUUGUUCAGUCGAAAGAAUCUUGUGGAAGAAGGGCUUUUACAUUCUAUUUGUGACAUCCGGUUUAUAGCCACAGAUCCAGUGGGUGCCGAAUUACGAGCAAUUCAUCCUCAGUUCGGUGAAGGAAGGGAUGGCCAGAUUCCCUACAUCGCAUUUAAGGGUUCUUUGUUACCAGAGCACGGUAAGGCAGCGUGGAUAACGGCAUCAAUCCUUCCACAAUGGGCAAAUCCAAGAGAAUAUGUAUACUUGAUGGAAUUCAAGGGUUGGAAAAUGAGCAUGCCCUCUGUAAUGCUGUCAUCUCCCACCUUCAUAUUCUAACUGAGCCGACCAUGAAUCAAGUUGUCUUUCACUGCCAAAAUGUAUGCUCUCGAUUGGCAAAAGAGAACGAAGUGGACGCUACCUAUGAUCAGAGGGUGACCAGAACGUCAGUGAUGUUGAGGAUCUACAGUUUUUUGCAGAAAAACUCCCCAUCAAGUACUUUUGCGAAGGAACGACUUGAUCAUACACCCUGUAUUUUGGUACAAGAAGGUCAACGUUUUGUUUUUGCUAAACAAGUGGUUAUCGAGUUGUAUGAGAGCCUUGAAAUCAAGCCAUUUCUGUACAGAAUGCCAAACGAAUUAAGUAGGUUUUCGAAACUCUUCGAAUACCUGGGAUGUUCUCCAUCUGUCACACCUUCCAACUAUGUCAUGGUUUUAGACAUGUUGCACGAACAAUGUCAAGACGAAAGCCUACAUGUAAACGAGGUUAACUGCGCUUUGAGAGCGGUCAAAGGCCUCAUGGAAACAAUGCAAGACUCACCUGAUGCAGCUCAGGUUAUUUCAUUGUUGUACCUCCCUGCUACCUGUUCUUACAGCGCUUGUUUGGAUGACAACAGCGUGAGACUAAAGGUCACACUGAUGAAGGCUACCGAGCUUAUUUUCGAGAAUACUCCCCUCUAUCGUGAUCGUAUCAAAAACUUCGACGCACCUUUUGUGAUCGACUUCGACAGAGCUGAUGUAAGCUGCAAAAAUAAUGCAAACUACGAAGAUUUGAUCAUGCUUCUUCCAAGUAAUGUCCGACCACAAUUGAUGUCAUGCGUAAUUGAAGAAAAGUUCUUGAAUUCCAGUGAUAACGCCAAAGGUUUUGACAUAGGUGCUGCUAGUUCAUUAAGGAAACAGCUCCACUCAGAACAGUUCUAUCGAGGAAUUGUGAGACUUCUUCGCCACGUCAGCCGAGGUCGUAGUCUAGAUCAAAAUAUGCUCAUAACUGUUAAAAGCGGUUUGGAAAGAAUUGAAUUCCUUGGAAUGAAAAGAAUCGUUACUCAUCUGGUUCAUAACGGGGUGCCUAUCAAAGAGAGUGAACGCGAAGUUCCAUACUUCUUAGAAAAGGUGUUAGACUCCGGUCACCAGUUUUGGAAAGUAUAUGUUAACGCAGUCGAUGACGUCGACGAAACCAUGUCAAAGACAUCUCUAACGUUGUCGGAGGUGAUUGCAGAAGUGUGUAACGGGCUUCUGCGAGAAGCCACUAUGUAUAUUCCAGUGAUGCUGAGAUCUCCACCUGGUAAGAUUCGGUCUUUACUAGAUAGCAUGGGGAUUCGACAAGACGAUUCGAACGCCAAAGAAAGGGGAGAUGUUUUUCCACAACCAGGAAGCUUCAUACCAAUAGCAGAACACAACCUUUUAAAUCCAGCUUUCAAAUUGUUCGAGCCUGGAGAAUACGUUGGAUACGAACUAGAUGAUCCAAGUCUUCAUCUUGAAGAAGGGGAUGCAGUUUUCAUUUAUGCUGUGAUACUUAAAGACGUAUCUGGUGAAAACGUCAGCUUUUGUGAGAAGUCCUACCAGAUAGAUAUUGGACAUGAAAAGGAACUGAAAGUUGCCCGCGCCACUGAGCUUUAUAAAUUUCACCGUCUUCAAGAGAUAGCAUCCUCUGCCACUGUCCUGUCUGAACAGCAAGGAAGCUCCCCCUUUUAUCACCGGGAGAUAUUUGACGACAUCUCAAGAAUUCUUGAAGACGCAUGGAAGCUAUCAGAAGACAUCAGAAGACAAAUUAUCAAGAGACUUAUUUUGCAGUGGCAUCCAGAUAAGAAUCCAGGAAACGAAGUCUUCUGCACGGAGAUUUUCCAGCAUAUAAAAAAUGAAAUUGAACGACUAGAAAGAGAACAACUACGUAGAUGCAUGGAGACUGAGAGCCCUCACGGAUCUUACGGUGUGUAUUUUCCCUUCUGGGGAGCUCGUGCAAGGCAAUAUAACUCACAGCGUCAAGAAUACACAGAGAACUUCAUUAGACACCAUGGGUCCUGGAGCCACAGAUCACGAUCGUGGGAAGUUCCUCCUAGCUUCUGUAACACCAAUCCCCAACCUGCACAGGCACGACGUUGGUUCAGACAAGCUGAAGCUGAUCUGGCAGCUGCUGAUAACGACAUUUCCUCUGCUAAGCCGUCUUUCGUGUGGGCUUGCUUCAAAUGUCACCAGGUAAGAGACCGAGUGUACAGUAAUUAUUUCGAAUGUGUUGCUAAUAAAAAGAAAUCCAAGGGAACUCAUACAAUAACGUUACUAGUAACGAGCCAUAUAGCUUGCAAUGGAAGAUCUGAUUUAUUUUGCUUUUAGAAUACAAGAAUUGUAGUUCAUUUGCGCCUUCCUUAGAGAGUUUCGAAACAGGACUUGGCUUGCUAAAUGCAGCAGUGCUUUUCAAAUCCUUCGGGCGUCAUGACGCUAACGUUCAUUGUCUUUCAGGCUGCCGAGAAAGCGCUGAAAGCCGCCCAAUAUUCUUUAGAUUCAAACAAGACCAAUGUUCACAACUUAGUGCAAAAUUCCUUGUCGCUGGAUGACUCUCAACUGACAACAUUAUCGGGCCAGCUUGAAAGUCGCGUGGGCGACUCGACGCGCAUGCGUUACCCCGACCAGGUCAAUUUUCCUGAGAUUCCAAGCGACGUUUAUUCGGAAGAAAUAGCGAGAGAUGCUGUGGAUCUAGCCUCAAGGGUAUUAGAGAACGUUAGAAGAAGAAUAAGAUAA